UUUUGUUUUUCGAUGUAAUUUACGAUUUUAUAAAAGAGGGCAUCUAAGAAAAGCCGCACUGCAAACGCCAAACUCUUUUUUGAGAGAACAGUAGGAUGAAGAAUGAGGGAGAGACGGCCCAACGGCCUGACAACACAGCCUUCACACAGCAACGUCUCCCGGCAUGGCAGCCCAUACUCUCCGCUGGCAUUGUCAUUCCUGGUUUUCUAGUCAUUGGGUUGGCCUUCAUAGGGAUCGGUGUUGGCUUGUUUCUGACCUCACAGACCAUCCAAGUGCUGGAGAUGGACUACACGGGUGUUGCGACGGACUCAUCUUGUUUCCGCUGUUCGAUGACAAGUAGCCAAAACUGCACCUGUGAAAUCACAUUCUCCCUCGACAAACUUUUUACGGGUCCUGUCUUCUUUUACUAUGGCUUGUCUAAUUACUACCAGAACUUCAGGAAAUAUGGCGUGUCAUUGGACUACUAUCAGCUCUCUGGCGAUACACAAUAUUUCACGAGUCCACAAUCUGUCUGCUCUCCAUAUAGUUAUGACAACCAAAACAGACCCAUUGUCCCAUGUGGCGCAAUAGCAAACAGCAUGUUCAACGACACAUUUGAGCUCUACCAAAUAAUCAAUGGUACCAAAAAUCUGGUGCCAUUAGAUGGUAAAGGUAUAGCUUGGUGGACUGAUUACAACAUUAAGUACAGGAACCCUUCAUUUGUCAACGGCUCUUUAGCAAAUGCCUUUGCUGGUACAGUGAAGCCAAUAAACUGGCCCAAACCUGCAUAUGACCUGGACUCCACAGACCCUAACAACAAUGGUUUUCUGAACCAGGACUUCCUCGUGUGGAUGAGGAGAGCAGCACUUCCUCAGUUCAGAAAGCUGUACAGGCGAAUCACAGAGGGCAAUUAUGCCGCGGGUCUCCCUGCUGGGAACUACUCCAUGACAGUCCAUUACAAUUACCCAGUACUGACUUUUGAUGGCCGUAAGAAGGUGGUCUUCAGUAACGUGUCUUGGAUGGGAGGGAGGAACGAUUUCUUGGGCAUUGCUUAUUUAGUGGUUGGUUCAUUGUGUGUAGUCAUGUCAAUAAUUAUGCUCAUUGUUUAUGCCAAGUUCAAAUUCUCAGAUGAUGAUGCGUGAUGACCCAUAAAGAAAAAACAAAUCAAGAAAGGAAAGAAACAUUGGGUGUAAUUGAUGGUUUUCAAACAACAACAACACUGUAAAAUGUCUUUCGGCAUUCACAUGCUAGAUAAUUUUAACUUCAGGUCAAUUAUUUAUUUAUUUUAAAGUAGGAAUUGUUUGUUUACUUAAAAAAAAAUAUAUAUAUAUAUAGAGAGAGAGAGAGGGAGAGAUUGAUGGAUGGAUGAGCAGAUGUUCUUUAGACUUGAGAAAAAAACUUUAUUAUACUAAUGUUCAGAGAAAUAGCUUCAAUGUGAAAUCUUCAUCUUUAUUUUAGAAAAUGAAGAUCCAGUUUGUUACCAAGAGCAAGGGUAAUUCAGGGACUGUUAGAGGUGUUUUUAUUUUGUAUCUGUCUAUUUUUCUACGAUUGUCUCAGGUAUAAAAGAUGUUUAAGUAUAAAUUUUGUUUCUUUUCUGGACAACAUUGUACACAUAGCCGAGUCAAAAUGGUUUUUAUAUUGUAAAAUUCUCCACUAUUAAAGAAAUGUUUAACAGAUAUGAAAUAUAAAGACAGUCUCAGUUGCCAUGUCUAUUUGUCAAAUUCAUUGCUGUGUUAAGGCUUUGUGUUUGUUUAGUUGAUCAUAUUGAGAAUUAAAAUGUAUUGCAAGUUGUAUAUUUUCUGUCAUAAACUUUAAAUGCUUAUUUAUAAUGUUUUUAUUGCUGUCUUAUAAUACACAGCCAUAACAGCAGCACUGUUUUUGUUUUUAGCUUGACAGACAUGAACGUUUUUAUUUCCAGGCAAUGGAAACUUUGUGCUUUUACAGUGCCAAUUGUGCUGGACAAUUAAAUGAAAGUGAAGGGCGAAUCUCGACCGCCUCGCGGAGUCUUCGUUUGCACGCAUCGCUGAUAUCGAUCCCUGUUAGUGAAAGAGGUUUUAUUUGGGAGCAGUUUUCUGUGCAGGGUUUUACUUUAAUUCCACACAGUGCUGCAGUGUUUUUGAAGUUCAAUAUUUGAGGAGCAAGGAUAAAACUUCAGACUGAAUCUGCUUUAAAUGAAAUGCUUUGAUCAUAUUUUAAUAUUAAAAAACUUUUCAUUGCCUGGACUUGAUUUGGAAUGUAAUUUGGAUCUUAUUAAACUAUAUUUUCAGACAUUGUCUGCACAUUGGUUUGGCAAGCAAAUGAGACUUUCAAUAAAUUAAGAUUUGGGACUAAGAUGGAAUUAGUGAAUUACUGAAACUCUCUAUCACAUUGUGUCUUUUACAAUAAACAGGAAGCAUUAGAAUACUUUAGGGAAACCAAUGCGUCAAAAGAAUUUGGCUGGUAGAAUUAUUAAAAAAUAUAUUUGAUAGAAGUCUCUUAUGUGUGCCAACACUGCAUUUGUUUGGGCAGAAAUGUAGUAAAGACGGAUGUGAGAUGAUUACAAUUAAUAACUGUUUACUAUUUUAAUAUAUUUAAAACUGUAAUAUUUAUCCUUUAUGGUGUUUUCUAGCAUGUUGAUUUGGUGCACAAUAAAGACUUCUUUUUGAUUCCAGUUACUAA